AAAUUAUUUAGCAGCCUCAAUCACAAUCCAGCUAGCGACCCAACUGAAAUCUAUUAGUAUAUGAAGUACGCAUGAGUGCGACGCACAUUCGUAUUCAUGCCAGUUUCCUUCCUACAACCCCCACGUCGACGACCACACCUCCAAUGAUUCGUUGAUUGAUUCACAACAUCCCUGUCCUAGAAAUCUCUCUACUCAAAGCGGUCGGGGUCAGAGGUUUUUGGCCGCAGCCAUGUCGUCCCCGGCGGCAUCGCCUGACACUUUUGACGACGUUGCUGCGGACGCGCCCGGCACGACCAGCUCCAACCUGACGCUGCUGUACAUCAUCAUCGCUGUCCUCGUCGGCGUCGUGCUGUACUUGGCCGUCCGCUACGGUCGGUCGCUCCUGUCGGAGUGGCGCGAGCUCAACGGCACCGGCCAUGGCCCGCCUCCAGCAUUCCACCCCGGGCUGAGCUUGGAGGACAUCGCCGCGCUCCCCACCUUCACCUACAGAGCGCGAGCGACGCCGACGCCGUCGCCCCAGGGCAGCUGGGGCGGCUGCACGAGCGGCGGCGGUAAGAGGAGGAGCGGCAGCAAGGGGAGGGCCACGCCGGUGGAGUGCGUGGUGUGCCUGCAGGAGCUGGAGGACGGCGACGUGGUGCGCGUGCUGCCGGCGUGCAGGCACUUCUUCCACGGCAGCUGCAUCGACACCUGGUUGCGCGCGCACUCGUCUUGCCCGGUGUGCCGCGCGGAGCCGGAGAGCGCGCGGCCGGGCGAGGCGGCCCUGUCGCCGCCGCUGCCGCAGUUGCGUCGGUGCGGCGUCUCACCGGAGCGGCCUACGGCCUCGAGGAUCCUGGCGGACAUCUUGGCGCGAUCGCCGUUGAGGAUCGGCGGAUCGACGAGCGAACCGAAGGAGAGGAUCAUGUCCAGGUCGCCGUCUCCGGCACCAACGGCGCGCGAUUAUACCCUGUCAAGAUCUCCGUCGCGGACGCCACUGACGCAUGGUAUGGUGGACGAACGGUGCUCACUAUCACAGUCGCCCCAGAUGCUGGAGGUUGUGGUGGUUCGCUCCAAAUCGCCGUCUCCGAUGAGGUUCGGCCGUCAGUCGACGACGACGUGCGUUGGCGUGUUGGAGCGCACAGAUGCGAGCAUGUCGGCAUCGCCGUCACCGCCGGCGACAUAUGCAGAGGACGGUGGCGAGUCGUCGUCUAAAUUGACCCAUUAAGUGGGUGCAGUGCAGGAACAAAGUCAAUCAAUUCAGUUGCACAGUGCGCAGUUAAUAGAAGCAACAAUGGCGCUGAGACCAUUGCGUCUUGCUCCAUUUUGGCGGCUGCCAUCCAACUCUCUUUUUUGGUGAUGCAUUUUGUGUCACUUGAAAGAAUGUAAAUAUUCAGUGUCGAGUAUGUUUGACAGCAAAAAAAGAAAAAAGACCAAAGUGCAUGCCCAUAAACCAUUCUUUGUCCCGAGUUUCGUCUUGGCUAGAUAUUGAGGUGUACUUCCAACAACAGGAGCGUAAACGAUUAUUGCACAUUUUGCUUGCAU